AUUUUGUGGCAAAAAACUCGACGUGGACAAGAAAUUUGAAUUUAAUUAAAAAAUGAUUAAAAAUCUCCACGUCUUUCGAAUGCAAUGAUUUCAUUAAGAAAAACAUUUUAUUCAAAAAUAAUUCUCAUCGUAAUUGUCUUCAUUUUGUGCAUAUUUUACAUAAGAAAUUUAAAUAAUUUUAAUGGCUUAACAAAUAAUAGUGAACGGACCAAAUUAUCAUCAAAUAAUAACAAUGUACCUCAAGCACAUCAUCUCGUCCAAGAGAUAAAUAUCGAUCAAGUAUCAGAGCCAGAGAAUCAACUAGUCAAUAAUCUCAUUCUGCCCGAUGCUGUUGCUGCUGUUGGAAGCAACAAGUUUGAACUUGAAAUUCAACUGGAUUUGGCGAAGCAACAAGAGAAUCCAAAACUUGGUGCCGAGGGGAAAAUUGCACAUUUAACUGACCCCGAUGACAUUGCACAGGGCGAAUUGCAAUUAUCAAAAAUUGCAUUAAAUGAGGAAUUAUCAAAUCAUAUCUCGUAUAAUCGAACGGUACCCGAUGCACGACAUCCGUCAUGUCGUAAUAAAUUUUAUGAUAUUUCGUCACUUCCAACUGCUAGUGUUAUUAUAAUAUUUUUUAAUGAACCAUAUAGUGUAUUAGUGAGGACUGUUCAUAGUGUUAUCAAUACGACACCCGAAAGGCUCUUACGUGAGGUCAUUAUUGUUGAUGACGGUAGCAGUAACAUUGAGCUUAAAGGAAAAUUAGAUUAUUAUGUAAAAACACGUUUUAGUGAUAAAGUUAAGGUGCUACGGCUUAAAAAUAGGUUGGGCUUGAUUCGAGCACGUUUAGCCGGUGCCAGAUUAGCUAAAGCUGAUGUUCUCGUAUUUCUUGAUGCACAUUGUGAAUGUGUUGUACAAUGGCUGGAACCACUAGUGCAGAGAAUCAAAGAAAAACGCACAAGUGUCUUAGUACCAAUCAUAGAUGUGAUAGAAGCAAAGAAUUUUUAUUAUAGCACAAAUGGAUAUGAUACAUUCCAAAUUGGUGGAUUUACGUUAGAUGGUCAUUUUGAUUGGCAUGAUGUCCCAGAAAGGGAGAGAAAGCGUCAGAGGAAAGAAUGUAAGGAUGACAUCGCAAUAUGUCCUACAAACAGUCCGACAAUGGCUGGGGGACUUUUUGCAAUAUCUAGAGAUUAUUUCUGGGAAAUAGGCAGCUAUGAUGAGCAGAUGGAUGGCUGGGGCGGUGAGAAUCUCGAGAUGUCAUUUAGAAUUUGGAUGUGCGGUGGAACUCUAGAGACAAUUCCUUGUAGUAGAAUCGGACAUAUUUUCCGAGAAUUCCAUCCAUAUAGUUUUCCAAACGACAAAGACACUCACGGAAUUAAUACUGUGAGGAUGGCGAUUGUGUGGAUGGAUGACUAUCAGGAACUCCUUUACAUGAACCGUCCAGACCUCAGGAACCAUCCAGACAUUGGUGAUGUCACACAUCGACAAGUUCUCAGGAAUAAACUUAAAUGCAAAUCAUUCGAGUGGUACAUGAGGAAUAUUUACCCAGAAAAAUUCAUUCCAACUAGGAAUGUCAUCAAUUAUGGAAGGGUAUCAGCUCUAGAUGACGAUCGUUAUUGUUUUGAUGAUUUACAGCAGAAUAUUGAUGAGGCGUACAAUUUGGGGGUUUACUCUUGUUAUAAGCAUGACAUCGCCCCAUCGCAGCUCUUCUCAUACACAUACAACAAAAUCCUUCGGACGGAACGAAGCUGUGCAACCAUCGAUGAUCGUAGAAGUACCAAAUAUAUUUUAAUGAUUCCGUGCAAUAGUGACGAAGAGGUUGGAGACACGUGGACUUAUACAAUCAACAAACAAUUUAAACAUGAACAAAGCGGUUUGUGUAUUGAUCGAAAAAAUCUCGAUAAGAAUCUCGUGCAUGCAGCUGUUUGUGACUCGAUGUCAAUGACACAACAGUGGGAAUUUCAGAAGUCAAAGAUUUGAAUUAAAGUUGAGAGAUUAAGUUUGUAAUUUGUUACUUAAGUUGGGUGUUGAUGAGUUGUUUAUGUAUUUAGGUUGAUAGGAUGUGGAGGAAGAGAUGGAGUAAAUGUUAAAAAGACAGAAAAGAUUUAAUAUUCAACAACAGGUCAACCCCUAACCAUCAAAUUAAUUGAUAUUAAUUUUGUUGUUAAUUCAAAUUAAAGCUAGGAUUUAUAAAGCAUAUACAAAAGACCCGACCAUUUUCAACAUUUUUGUCUUUGAAUUGAUGUUGAUUGAAUUUUACAAAUAAGAAUUGUACGAUGAAAUGUUGAAACCAAUUGAAAAUAGCUUCACAUUCAAAAAAAAUGACAAAAAAAUAGAAUUGUAGAUAGAAAAAAAUUUAAAAAGCUCUAAAUGUGCUCAGUUAACUUUAUUUCUUAAAACCAUGCACAUAAAAUCUUAAUUCUAAAGGCAAACUAUUAAGAAUUAUUUUUUGAGUCUAUAAAAUUUUGAAAUUCAUUUCGAAACAAAUGUCAUAAAUAUUUUAUUAAGUUUAGGCUUCAAAAAAUUUAAAUUAUUAACAAAAAGUGCCAGAAGGAAAUCGAAUAAAAUUGGAACAAAAAGUUUAUUUAAUUUUUUUAAAAAAAAAUUGUCAAAGUUUCUUUAAAAUUAAACAUAAAUGACGGGGAAAAAAUUUAAAAUAUGGAAACUGAAUCUACUUAAAGGAGGUAAAAUUUAAAAAAUUAAAUCAAAAACAUUGAAAACUUAUUUUUAAC